UGAUGUCAAUGCCACCCUCAAGUGACAUAGGAGUUUGAUCUCUUUAAAAUCCAAUCACCAAGGUACGAAUUCAGUAGAGCCUUGCCUGUGAAACAACAACAAUUCAAGCGAAAAAAAGGAGACACAACCCUCAAAUUACCAUGUCACUCCCAUCUACCUACAAGGCCGCCAUCUUCAAGGCACAGGGCCAGCAGUUGACCCUUGAGGACCAGCCGAUGAAGGAGCCUGGUCGCGGUGAGAUUCUCGUCAAGGUUGAGGCCUGCGGCGUCUGCCAUUCGGAUUCAUUCGUGCAGAAUAAUGCUUUUGGUGGUGGUUUCCCUCGCAUCCCUGGCCAUGAGAUAAUUGGCCGCGUCGCAGCAGUUGGGCCAGAAGUCAGCGGAUGGGAAGCUGGCCAGCGUGUGGGGUCUGGCUGGCAUGGUGGACACGAUGGAACCUGCAAGGCAUGCAACAAAGGCCUGCAUCAGAUGUGCGAGGCUAAAACCAUCAACGGCAUAAUCAAGGACGGCGGCUAUGCCGAAUACUGCAUCAUCAGGUCCGAAGCAGCUGUCCGCAUCCCUGAUCAUGUCGACGCAGCCAAAUACGCACCUAUACUGUGCGCCGGCGUGACGACCUUCAACUCGAUAAAGCGCCAGGGCAUCGCGGCAGGCGAGACGGUAGCCAUUCAGGGACUGGGUGGCCUAGGUCACCUGGCGAUCCAGUACUCCCAGCGCAUGGGCUACCGCGUCGUGGCCAUCUCGAGAGGCUCCGACAAGGAGAAGGCGGCCAGAGAGCUGGGCGCGCACGAGUACAUCGACGCAGCCAAGGAAGAUCCCGCCGCAGCUCUCCAAAAGCUCGGCGGAGCUGCACUUAUUGUUGCCACCGCGCCCCAUGCAAACGCAAUCUCCCCCCUGAUCGGCGGCCUGGGGCUAAUGGGAAAAUUGCUGCUCCUAGCGGUUCCGGGUGACUUGAGCGUGAACACCAACAUAAUGAUUGGACAAGGCUGCUCAGUCACCGCGUGGCCCUCUGGCAAUGCUCUCGACUCUGAAGAAGCCAUCAACUUCACCGAGCUGCAGAAUGUUGACUGCAAAGUUGAGACUUUCCCUCUAGAAAAGGCACAAGAGGCGUUCAACGUAAUGAUGGACGGUUCCGUGCGGUUCCGAUCAGUCCUGACAAUGACUUGAAAGUCAUGAAACCAGCCUCAAUUGACAGAAACCUUUCGGUAUUCUCCAGGACAUGCAGAUUACAUGUUGCUCGGUGCGGUCAUGCUGAGUUUGGGUGGGGGAGGGGUAAAGCGUGGUGGCGCGCUGAAAAGAUACAGGAACGACCCUUUGUUGAUGACUGUUGUCAGCAGUUGCUAAAAAAGACAAAGGGGGCUCAGUCACCAAUCUGGAGUCGAACAAGAAAUCUUCAGGGCAUGCAACUCACCUAGGUACUUUAGGUACAAGUAAAACAAAAACAUCGACCAGACCUUGAUGCUGAAUACUGUCCUCCAGAGCCGCUCUAGGUUCAACUCCGUCAAUAUUCGAACAUCAAAGAACUAGGCAAUCCGCCCGAAAUCUAGUUUGGUCUGGAAUGGCAAGUGAUUGCUCCAAAGCCCC